GCGUCUGCUUGUUGGCUAAAGUUGAACGCGCAAAAUGCAAAAGUCACAACGUGAGCAAUGCUGGACGCUGCUGCUGCUGGGCGCGUUGAUAAUCUCGUUUGGAGUAAUGUUUAGCUAUUGGUAUCUGGUGCCGCAUCAGCUACCCAUCUGGCAGUUAUUCGGGCACAACGAGAGCUCAGACGGGGAGCCGGCAACAGCGGAGUUGAAGUUCUUUAUGCCGCCACAGUUGAUACCCAAGGAGCUGAAGCUGAAGCGUGGUGCGCCCUAUAUAUAUCAGAUAUUUCCAUAGAUAUUUCAGACAUACA